UAAUUCGCGUCGGUAUCUAUUGAGUGCAUGCGUCCGCGCAUGUGUGUGUGUGCGUAAGUGCGUAAGUGCGUGCCACGGCUGCUGCUGCUGCUUGUCACUCAUUGUGCCGCGAACACGGGCAGCGACAAGGACCAGAAAUUGAGUCCGGUUGCAGUUGUUAUCCCUGGGAAAAGGCUGGUAUCCGUUCCUGGCCCCCUCCACCUCCACCUCCACCACCUCCUCCUCCUCCUCCACCGACACCACCUCGCUGGUUCCAAGUGCGACUAUUCUGCAAGGAGAGUAAAUCCGUGACACAUUACAAUGCUCCAAAUACGGGACAUCAUCUGGCGAUUGCUUUUCAUUGGCUGUGCAGCCGCCAUCCAGGUGGAAAUCACUCCAACGCAAGGAGAGAUCAGCGUUGGAGAGUCCAAGUUUUUCCUCUGCGAAGUGGUGGGAGAUGCUAAAGACAUCGACUGGUAUGCCCCCAGUGGGGAGAAGAUCCUCCCCAACAGGCCGGACAUCUUUGUGAGUCGCAGUGAUGAAACCACGUCCACCCUCACCAUUUACCACGCCAACGUGGACAGCGCUGGCAUCUACAAGUGUGUGGCCAAGAAUGGCGACAAGGAGGCCCAGGCCACGGUCCAAGUGAAGAUAUUCCAGAAGAUCACUUUCGAGAGCGCCCCGAGCCCGCAGGAGUUCAGCGAAGGCGACGAUGCCGAGAUAGUCUGCGAUGUGAUCAGCUCGCCGCCGCCCACCCUCAUCUGGAAGCACAAGGGCUCCAAGAUCCAAUUUGCCAAAGAUGUGCGAUUCAAGAUCUUGGAUAAUGGCCACCUGCAGAUCCGCAGCAUCAAGAAGACGGACGAGGGCAUGUACAACUGUGAGGCCCGCGUCAUGGCCAGGGGAGAAAUCGACUUCAGGAUGAUCAAGGUCGUCGUUAAUGUGCUCCCCACCAUCCGUGCCAGGCAGUCGGAGGUCAACGCCACGGCCGACGUCGGGAGCUCCGCUCUGCUGGCUUGCGACGCGGACGGCUUCCCCGAGCCCACCGUCACCUGGGCACAUAACAACGUUGUCCUUGAAACCGGCGAUAAGUACAGCCUGAACGAGGAUGGCUCAGAGUUGGUGAUAAAAGAUGUCGCAAAAGUGGAUGAAGGAGAAUACACUUGCAUCGCCAAGAACAAGGCGGGAGAGAAGGCGGAGGAAGUCAGCCUCAACGUGUUUGUGCAACCAAAGAUUACCUACCUGAAUAAUCAGACCGCCGCAGAGUUCGACGAGCAAGUCACCCUGACCUGCGAGGCCUCGGGUGACCCCACACCCACCAUCUCCUGGAGUUUCGAGAACAGGGUCUUCGCUGAAGGACAGCAGGCCUCUUGGACGCGACCUGACACGUAUGAGAGCCUCGAUAGGAACAUCGUGGUGCGCAGCCACGCGCGGGUGUCCUCUCUCACCCUGAAAAACGUCCAGUUCACGUACGCCGGCCAGUAUCUCUGCACCGCCGGCAACUCCAUCGGCCAGGACGACCAGCACAUGUACCUGGAGGUUCGCUAUUCUCCGAAGAUCCAGGGUCCGGUGGCGACGUACACGUGGGAGGGAAACGCGGCCAACAUCAGCUGCGAGGUGGAAGCUCACCCGGGAGCCUCGGUCCUUUGGUUCAGAGACGGCCUGCAGCUGCCCUCCGCCAACAUGACCAACACGAAGAUCUACAACACGCCUACCGCCAGCCACCUGGAGGUUACCCCUGAUUCUCAGUACGAAUUCGGGAGCUACAACUGCACAGCAACAAACGCGAUGGGCACCGAGUCCAAGGAAUUCCUUCUGAUCCAAGCAGACGUGCCAUCAUCGCCAGAAAUCCAGGGGGUGGAACCCUUCUCCAGCACAGCGGUGGUGGUGUUCGGGGAGCCCGACUCCAUGGGCGGCGUGCCCAUCAUCAGGUACAGAGUGGAGUGGCGUCUGCCUGGCCAGCAGUGGACCGGGAGGGAGUACGACGCUGACGACGCCACGUCCAGGAUCACCAUCGCGGGCCUGAAACCGGAGACCACCUAUGAAGUCAAGAUGUCCGCCAUCAACGGCAAAGGCGAAAGCGAGAGCUGCCCGGCCAGCACUUUUAAGACCGAGCCAGUCCGGUAUUCUUUCACAAUUUCAUCGGCGAUUCCACCCACUCUUGCCGCCACCACUCUGGCCCGUAAAGGGGAACCCAGUGCUCCCAAACUAGAGGUCAAGGUCCAAAAGGGGGGCAAUUCCCUCAAGGUCAACUGGAUCAAACAGGACGAUGGCGGUUCCCCCAUCAUGUACUACCUGGUCAGAUACAAGGCUAGGCACGCGUCUCACUGGAAACCCGAGAUCCGCAUUCCCAACGCCAGUGAGUAUGUGGUGCUGAGCGGCCUGGACUGGAACACGGAGUACGAGGUCCACGUGGUGGCAGUCAAUCAGCAGGGCAAGUCCGAGCCGGGCACCGUCUCCUUCAGAACGGCCACGGAGCCCACCACCGUCCCAGCCACCCUCGGUUGCCAGAGUGUGACGUACAGUCUGGCGGCGCUUCUGCUGUCCACGCUCUCUGUGCACUGGCUCUCAUAAACUGAUUUUGUUCGAGGAGAUUGAGGAACGUCUGAGCCUUUUCGAGAUCUCUGGGCUCUGACCCCUUUGCUUUCUAUGCCUUUUGACCCUUGUGCAGCCACACACAAGAUAAAUAAAAAAAAAAGAAAAAAGAUGAAGACAGGGACGCUGGAAGUCGACAUCGGGGGGUGCCGAGUCUGAAUAAUUCUGUUUUAUUCCAUUUUAUUCAAUUAAUUGUUGAUUAAUUUGAACGGCCAACAAUGGUUUGUACCAGUUUUAGAACAUUUUCCAAUACAGCAGGCAGAAAAACCUGGAUUAAGGACAAUUGAAGAAAUCAGAGAAUCUUUUUUGAGACCUAUCUCGAAAUAAUUAGCGCCACUAAAACCUGCGAUCCUUUCAGUUCGCACGUAGCGCUACGUCCCGUUUCUUCAAUUGAGCAUCCAAUAGGCCGCACAGAAAAUACACUAAUUGUUCAAAGAUCAAAUAUUAUUUUUAAACUGUGGUACGGUGUGACUUUUACACACCGGCGAACAAGUAUGGAACACCGAGGUGGGGUAAUUGCGAGGUGUUGUAGACAGGGAGACAUCUCAAGGAGGUCUACUUCGGUUCGGCCUACUACUCUGCUGACCUCAAAAUAUUACUCUGAGGAAAUUAAAUGAAAGGUUUUGUCUUUUUUUGAUGGCUUCUUUUAAGUCAACGUAUUUGCCUUGCAGUUACAACCCCUACCCUGUAGGGGCUGCUGCAGCCCCUACAGCGCCCCCUACUUCCAGCGUCCUUGGAUGAACAGUCGCGACAUUGGUUUCAUGAUGUUAUUACAGGGUGCUCGGUACUUGCAUCAUUCUCAACUUUUGGGGAUUUAGAUUAUGGUCAUAUUUUCCAAUAUUUUUUUUUCCCCAUGUCUAUAAAUGAAAAGAUACAGAAACUGACAUUUUUUUAGAGGGGUUUUGUCAAUGUUACAAGAUGGACGUGGCUGCUCCUUUGAGAUAAACAAAGUGUUGGCACUUUGGUUUUGGUGCAGUUAGCACAUUCACAAUGCCUCGAUGUGAUCUGGAGUGGGGGCGAUAAAUACAACGAUAACCGUACCCUGUUUAAUUAUUUUUCUGCAGUGUUCUAACCAGAAAAAAAAGGCAUUUGCUAAGAGACUUUUAUUUUGGAAUUCAUUGCCUUUCCGACAGACACAAAUGUCACAAAUGACAUAUAAGCAUGGAAACUGCAUGAGAGCUGACACGAGGCAUGAUCCGGUGUUCAUGAAUGUGCUAUGCAGCUGCUUUGAGGUGCCCCAGUCGAGCAUUAUGAAUGUGUUAACUCAGUGGUGAGUGCAAAUGCCGUGCCUAAUUUUCGUUUUUCUUUUCUUUUCUUUUCUGUUUUUUUGUGGGGAGGGGGGCGGGGGGGGGACGACGACAAAAGCUUGAGAAGUCGUGCUUAACAAAAUGAGGAAAGGUAACAUUUGCAGAGGAAUUUAGUAUCGAUUAUGGUCAGAGUAUUCAUCACACCUUACCACCUGUCGCUAUCAUAUAUUAUGCUCACUUUCAAAUGGCACCGUUAUGUCACCGCCUUGUCAAGAGGGGUUGUGCGAGGGAAACUAAUCAUGUUUUGUGACAGUGUACAUAGUCUGUUUUCCAACUGAUUCUUCGGUAAAACGCGAGAAAUCAGCUGUUACUUUGACGGUGCGUCUUCUCUUUUUACCCGAAAGCAGAGAAAAUGUCUGAAGACGACACAAACGCAACGGCUGUUAAACACACACACACACACACACACACAAAAAAAAGAAUCUAAACAAAAAAAAAAGACAUCAUUUUCAAUUAUGUGAAAUUAUUUUAUUCUCUUGAGACAUUUUUUGUAAGUACAUAUCAGUGUAUUUCCAUGUAACCAUUGUAGGGUUGAAAUAAAAAUCUCUUUCUUUUUUUCA